AUGCUGUUCGGCAAAGACGUACCAUGGAGGAGACUGGAGGGCAUCUCGUUCGGAAUGUACACCGCCGCGGAAAUUAGGAAGCUGAGCGUAAAGACCGUCACGAACUCGAGGUUCCUGGACAACGUGGGCAACCCUGCCGCUAACGGUCUGUACGACCUGUCGCUCGGCCCGGCGGACUCUAAAGAAGUGUGUGCCACCUGCCUGCAGGACUUCAACAGCUGUCCCGGGCACCUGGGCCACAUCGAGCUGCCGCUGCCCGUCUACAACCCGCUCUUCUUCGACAAACUCUACCUGCUGGUGCGCGGCUCCUGCGUGAGCUGCCGCACGCUCACCUGCCCGCGCUCCGCCGUCCACCUCCUGCUGCAGCAGCUCAGGGUCCUGGAGAAGGGGGAGCUGCAGGCCGUCUACGAGCUGGAAGCGGAACUCAACAGGUUCCUGGAUUCGAAUGUUCAGGCCAGCGGUGUUGAGAUCCAGGAGGUCCUCGAGCAGCACGCGGCCGAGAUUCUCCGGAGACAUCAAGAUGAGAGCUGCACUUUCCCCGUGAAGCGAAUCUGCGAAUGCAGAAGGAAGCUGGUCACCAACUUCUGGAGGACUCACAUGACUUCUUCACGAUGCCCAAACUGCAAGGCGGGCCGGUCGCAGGUGCGAAAGGAGCACAACAGCAAACUGAUCGUCACUCUGCCUGCGUCACUCGCUAAAGACGCCGUGAGGGAGAACAGCGACGCUCAGCUGCAGUCCCAUGUACUUGAUGAGUCACUGCUUGGCAGGAGGGGAUACCUGACACCCACAAUGGCCAAAGAGCACGUGACCCAAGUGUGGAAGAAUGAAGGCUUUUUCCUGAAGCACCUCUUCUCAGGCCUGGAUGUGUGUGACUCCGGUAGCGACUUCAGCCAUGAAAUGUUCUUCUUAGACCUGAUGGUGGUCCCUCCGUCCAGGUAUCGACCCAUAAACCGUCUCGGUGACCAGAUGUUCACCAACGGUCAGACGGUGAACAUGCAGGCGGUCAUGAAGGACAGCGCGGUCAUUCAGAAGCUGCUGGCCCUCAUGGCGGGUGAGAAGGCACAGCAGUUGGAGGAGGCCGAGGAGUCGGAGUCUCGCCAGACUGAUCAGGCCUUCCUGGUGGGAAUUCCUGGUCAGACCCUCACAGACAAGCUGUACAACAUGUGGAUCCGACUGCAGAGUCACGUCAACAUCGUGUUUGACAGUGACAUGGACAAGCUGAUGACUGAGAAGUUCCCAGGAGUUCGCCAGAUCUUGGAAAAGAAGGAAGGUCUUUUCCGGAAGCAUAUGAUGGGAAAGCGUGUGGACUAUGCAGCCCGCUCCGUCAUCUGUCCGGACAUGUACAUUGGAACCAAUGAGAUUGGAAUACCGAUGGUCUUUGCCACCAAACUGACAUACCCCCAACCCGUCACACCAUGGAAUGUGAAGGAGCUCCGACAGGCGGUGAUGAAUGGUCCCAGCGUCCACCCGGGGGCAUCCAUGGUCAUCAAUGAGGAUGGCUCACGUACCAUACUCAGUGCAAGCAACUAUACACAGCGAGAGGCCAUUGCCAAGCAGCUCCUCACGCCCUGCACCGGCCCGCACCGCAUGCCCACAAAGAUCGUGAAUCGCCACAUUAAGAACGGCGACGUGCUCCUGUUGAACCGGCAGCCCACCCUUCACCGGCCCUCGAUCCAGGCUCACCGCGCCCGCAUCCUGCCCGCCGAGAAGGUGCUGCGGCUGCACUACGCCAACUGCAAGGCGUACAACGCCGACUUUGACGGCGACGAGAUGAACGCCCACUUCCCCCAGAGCGAGCUGGGCCGGGCAGAGGCUUACACCCUGGUCAGCACCACCCAGCAGUACCUGGUGCCCAAGGAUGGGAAGCCUCUUGCUGGGCUCAUCCAGGACCACAUGGUGUCAGGUACCAGCAUGACCAUCCGCGGAUGCUUCUUCUCUCGGGAGCAGUACAUGGAGCUCGUUUACCGCGGUCUCACUGACAAGAAGGGCAGAGUGAAGCUGCUGCCACCGGCUGUGCUGAAACCACAGCCGCUGUGGACAGGGAAGCAGGUCGUCUCCACGUUACUGUUGAACGUCAUUCCGGAGAACCAUAUCCCCCUGAACUUGACCGGGAAGGCUAAGAUUCCCAGCAAAGUGUGGGUGAAGGAUGUACCACGGGCAGUACCAGGGUACGAGCUGGACAACAUGUGUGAGUCUCAGGUGGUCAUCCGGCACGGGGAGCUGCUCGUGGGCGUUCUGGACAAGGCGCACUACGGGAGCUCCGCCUACGGACUUGUGCACUGCUGCUAUGAGCUGUACGGUGGCGAGACGAGCGCAAACCUGCUCAGCUGCCUGGCGCGCCUCUUUACCGCGUACCUUCAGCUGUACCGCGGUUUCACCAUGGGAGUCGAGGACAUUUUAGUAAAACCUGGCGCCGACAAGAGGAGGAAGAAGCUCAUUGCCGAAUCAACUCGGUGUGGAGCUAAGGCCCUGCGAGAAGCCUUCGGCCUUCCUCCGACAGCAGGGGAAAGCGAGGCCAGGGAUCGCUGGCAGGACGCUCACCUGAGCCCCGAUCAGCGGGACGUGAACAUGGUGGACCUCAAGUUUAAGGAGGAAGUGAACCUGAUCAAUAACGGCAUCAACAAGGUGUGUAUGCCCCUGGGGCUCCAUCAGCGCUUCCCGGAAAACAACCUGCAGCUCAUGGUACAGUCUGGGGCCAAGGGCUCCACGGUUAACACCAUGCAGAUCUCUUGCCUCUUAGGCCAGAUCGAGCUGGAGGGAAGACGGCCUCCGCUGAUGCCAUCUGGAAAGUCCCUGCCGUGUUUCCAGCCGUACGACGUGUCGCCGCGCUCAGGGGGAUUUGUUUCCGGAAGAUUCCUCACUGGGAUCAAACCUCCUGAGUUCUUUUUCCACUGCAUGGCUGGUCGCGAAGGCCUUGUUGACACAGCCGUGAAGACGAGUCGAUCGGGUUACCUGCAGAGGUGUAUCAUAAAGCACCUGGAGGGCCUCGUCGUGCAGUACGACCUGACUGUGAGGGACAGCGAUGGAAGCGUGGUGCAGUUCCUGUACGGCGAAGACGGCCUGGACAUCCCGAAGACGCAGUUCCUGCAGCGCCGCCAGUUCCCCUUCAUCAAGGACAACUACGAGGUCAUCAGGGAGUCGAAGUGUCUGGAUGAAAUCUUGUCACGUAUGAGUGCCGAUGCGGCGGAGGCUCAUCUGCGGGCCACGCGGAGGUGGAAGGCCAAGCGAGGGUUGGCGGCCCCGAGGGAAGGGGCCUUCCUCCUCUUCUCCCAGAAAAAGCUGCCGAAGCUGAAGUCCGCGAGUUGCCGGAACGACCUGCAGGGUGGAAGAGAUGCGGCGACUCGCCAGGUGCUUGAAAGGUGGCAGUCGCUGGACGACAGCAGCCGGAGGAAGUAUGUGAAAAAGGCGCGGCGCUGCCCCGACACAUGCGUCUCCGUCUUCCGCCCCGACGUUUGCUUCGGCUCCGUGUCUGAGACCUUUGACGACAUUGUGGAGUCGUACCUGAGCGAGUGCCACAGCCAACUGGGCUUGACCGGACAGGCCGAGGACCAUGUGACAGACAGGUUGAAGCCCCUGCUGCAGCUCAAGUGGCAGCGAGCGCUUUGCGACCCUGGCGAAGCCGUGGGGCUCCUGGCUGCUCAGAGCAUCGGCGAGCCCUCCACGCAGAUGACCCUCAACACGUUCCACUUUGCGGGCAGAGGAGAGAUGAACGUGACGCUCGGGAUUCCCAGACUGAGGGAAAUCCUCCUGAUUGCAAGCGCAAACAUCAAGACUCCGAUGAUGAGCAUUCCUGUACUGAACUCAAAAAAGGCCAUGAAGAGGGUGAAAGCCCUGAGAAAGAAGCUGACUCGGGUCUGUCUUGCAGAGGUGCUGCACAAGGCGGAGGUGGAGGAGACCCUCAGGGUGGAAGGCAGGCAGAAGGUGAACCGCAUCAUCAAGAUCACCUUUCACUUUUUACCCCCAGAGCUGUACAGGCAGGACAAGCAGCUCUCCGCUCAGCAGAUACUGCGUUAUAUAGAGACGAGGUUCAUUCAGCAGCUGCUCGUCGCUAUAAAGAAGCGCGGCGACAAGCUGUCGUCCUUAAAUGUCGUCGAGGCGCGAAAAGCCACUCGGAAGGACAGCGACCAGGAUGUUGGGGGCGCUCCAGGAACUCAGGAGAACGAGGAAGCUGAGGUGGAGGAUGGAGGCAACAUCGUGGACGGCGAGGCAGAUGAAGGCGAUGCAGAUGCCACUGACGCCAAGAGGAGACAAAAGCAGGAGGAAGAGGUCGAUUACGAGAGCGAGGAUGGUGAGGAUGAUGUUGAUGAUGAAGAGGACCUCACUGAGGAGAAGGAGGAAACACCCCUUGAGGAGGAGCAGGAGGAGUCCUCUCAAACCCCUCCGCUAUCCGGCCCUCCGUUAACCCCGUCCGCUGAGCAGGGCCCUUCGGAGGACCAGGACCCACAGAGAGUCAACGGCGUCCUGGGGCUCAGCCCUGCUGUUCAGAAUUAUACGUACGACAGCCAGCACGGCCUGUGGUGCGAGGUGACGCUCGCUCUGCCCAUCAGCAAGGUGCGCGUGGACCUGACCUCGCUGGUCGUUUCUCAAGCCCAGAGCGCCGUCGUGCACGAGGUGAAGGGGAUCUCGCGCUGCCUGCUCAAUGAGGUCACCAACAGGCGGGGCGAGAAGGAGCUCAUGCUGAACACCGAGGGCAUCAACCUGCAGGAGAUCCUCAAGUACAGCGAUAUUCUAGACUUGAAUCGACUGUAUUCCAACGAGGUCCACGCCAUGGCCAACAUGUACGGGAUCGAGGUUGCGCUCAGGGUCAUCGAGAAGGAGAUCAAAGAUGUCUUUGCUGUCUACGGCAUUGAGGUGGACCCCCGGCAUCUGUCUUUGGUGGCUGAUUACAUGUGCUUUGAAGGAGUAUACAAGCCCCUUAACCGCUUUGCCAUCGAGUCCAACUCCUCCCCGCUGCAGCAGAUGACCUUUGAGACAAGCUACAAGUUCCUGAAGGAUGCCACUAUGAUGGGUUCCCAUGACAAGCUCUGUUCUCCAUCCGCCUGUCUGGUGGUCGGCAAGGUGGUCAAAGGGGGAACGGGACUCUUUGACUUAAAGCAGCCCCUCCAGUAGCCCCCCCAACGCACGUGACAGACCGGCUGCAAAAUUCAGCAGAAUCCUCACACGCUUGUUGUGUGACCCUUUGCUGGCGCCACACAAGCGCAGGAAAAUAAUAAUGUUCAGCUUUGCUGUAUUCGUGGCUCCAGGGUUGGAUUGAGGCUCCUGACCGCUUUAUUUCUAGUGGAUUAGAUUGUCAAAGCAAAACAGACACGGAAUUACAUGGAGUGGAGCAGCAAUCAUCUGUUUGUAUCACCAGAUUAAUAGAAUGGUGAUAAUGUUGUUUCUGAAAUAAAAAAAAUGUAU